CCGGAGGGAAGAAGAAGGCGCUGCAGGAAACUGCCUGGGUGGGGCUCGGCGGAGAGAAGGGGCUUCCGAAGACACGGCGCGAGGUUCGUCCCCUCAGCGGAGAGAGCGGGAGAGCUGCGCCGAAAGGCCUGGCGGGCGAAGUGGAGCGAAGCCGAGGGGCGGGUUUGGGCUUUUUGCCCCCGAAGCGCCGGGAAGAAAUCCUGUUGUGAAUAAUUGGAUGUUGAAAAACAAGUGUCAAUCAUGGCUGAAUUGUCACAAGAAGAAAUUCAACUGAAAGCCCAUCAAGUUACAGAUGAGUCUUUGGAAAGCACAAGGAGGAUCCUUGGCAUGGCCAUUGAGUCCCAAGAUGCUGGAAUCAAAACCAUUACCAUGUUAGAUGAACAAGGCGAAAAGUUAAACCACAUAGAAGAAGGUAUGGAUCAAAUAAACAAAGACAUGAAAGAAGCUGAAAAGAACUUGACAGAGCUUAAUAAGUGCUGUGGUCUCUGUGUCUGUCCGUGCAAUAGAACAAGGAAUUUUGAGUCUAGUAAAGCAUAUAAGACAACUUGGGGUGAGAACUCUGAAAAUUCAGGUGAUCAUAUAAUAACCAGACAACCAGGACAGGCAGGAAAUUACCAACAACAGACCUCAGGAGGACCAGCUGGAGGAUACAUAAAGCGGAUAACAAAUGAUGCCAGAGAAGAUGAGAUGGAGGAUAACUUAACUCAAGUGGGGCAUAUCUUGGGAAAUCUGAAACAUAUGGCCUUGGAUAUGGGCAGUGAGAUCGAUUCACAAAACAAGCAGAUAGACCGGAUAAAUGAGAAGGCUGAAACCAACAAAGACCGUAUUGACCAAGCCAAUGCAAAAGCCAAAAAGCUUAUUGAGAACUGAUAGCCAUUGCCAGUUUUGAGUCAACUGAAAUCUUUUUUCAUUCUACAAAUAUCCUCAAUUUCCAAAGAGAAAUAACUGUUCAGAAAAUGAAACAAAGCAGAACAUUAUUGUAUUGUACGUUUAGUUUGAAAAUCCAGGAAAAUAGCACAACAGAAGUGUAACUUUCUUAUUCAUGUUCGUAUCCUCAGGGCUUCAUUUUCCUUGGUUUUGUACUUUCUGUGAGAUUAGUCUUACUACUACCACCCCCUUUUUUUUUUUCUUUACUCUCCUUGUGGCAACUCAGAGAUGGAGUGCAAACUGACUGAUUAAAGGUAAAGAGGAUGCACUCACUAGAUUUAAUUACCUCACUUAAUAAUACUACAUGUCAUCACUGAAUUGGUAGAUGAUUGGUUUUCAUGAAAUGUACAUAUUUAUAGAAAUUAAGUUUGCCCCUACUUUUUCAAAAUAUUUGAUUUCAUUACCAAGUUUUCCAUGAUGGGGAAAGAUGAUAAUGGAUAUAUAAUAAAGUAUACUUCCAAGCCAUAGCUAUUCUAACUUGCAUGCAAAUUAGAUAAGUAAACAUACAAAAAUGCAUAAUGCAUAAACGUAACUCAAGACAAAUUUAAACUUAUUUCCCACUUUUGUCUCCAAAACAUUGGACUUUCAAUCCUGAUUUCUUUUACUUCUUUCACAGAAACUGUGUAUGUUAGUGGGAUUAGAGGAAAGGGCAACUGAGGCAGCUUAACAUGGAACAUGUUACUCUUGAUCAUUUGGAAUCUCGUGAGAUUACAAGAAAAUUAAUAUAUGCCUUUAUAUAAAUAUCCUGAACUUUUGCCAUUUUUUUUAAAUGUGUAUCUGUAGGUAUUAAUACUGCUGAGAUUGGUCUAUGAAAUCUCUAUGUGGAUCUUUUAAAACAUUUUAUCAAAAAUGUACAAACUUAUUUCAUAAAAGUGUUCCUUAAAGAAAUGUGUUAUCCUUUUAAUAUAAACAAUUCAUACAAUCUGUACAAAUCUUUAAAGGGCAGGAUAUUGUGAUUUCAAUACUGUAUUUAUUAAAAUAUUGGGUAAAAACAUUAAAAUCAGGGCACAAUCUAAGUUUGAAUGAAGUCAAAAGCCAUCUGCUUAGUGAUAUUAGUAACAAUACUGCUUCAUUUUUUCUAUCUGGACUAUACAUUCUCUUGCUUUUCAAAGAAAUCAGUUUCAAGCACCAUUUUAUUGUUAUUCAAAUAGAAUUUGAUCCAAUUCACAAUUUUUUAAAUGGUGGCAUAUUUCUGCAGGUACCACAAAUUAUGAUUUAUUGAAUUUGAAUUGUUUCUUGUAAAUUUUCUUUUAAAAAAUGUUAGUAUGUAGGAGAAGUAGGGAUCCAAGGGAAACCACCGUGAAUCACUGCUAUAAGUUGUUGAAUGGGUCACAUGGUGUAGUUUGCUGUAAUAAGUACUUAACCUAGAGCCUCUUUUAGUUUACUCCCAUUUCAGGAUUAAGGUUCUUGAUUUGGUUUUUCUAUCAUGUAUCUGUAGACAUGACUAAAUUUCAAAUCUACUAGAUGCCCAUUCCUUUACAAGAUGGCUUUAAUUCUCUUCUAAUUAAGAAUCCACCAAAUUAUUGAUUUAUUCAACUGCGCAAUAUUUAGUAGAACAUGUAUUUUAUUCAACUUGAAGCUAUAAGGUUCUUCUAGUCCUUGCAUGUUUUGCUGCAAGUCUAAAAGAAUUAUCUGCAACAAUUCUAGAUACUAUAAAGUUCAAAAUGAAUCUCCUAAUUGUACUGUGAUUGUUCUUAAAUAAUUUCUUCAUGCCUUGUUUCUUUUCACAUUUCCAGCUGAAUGUUUAAUUUUUAUUAUAAAGCUUAGUCUUCUAUAUAAACUUGUACAAUGGAAUGCUGGAAUUGGAGCAUAGUGCAAGAACUGUGCACGUCCCUCUCAAAUUACGUUUAUUAAUACCAAAACAAAUUACAGGAUUUGGCUAGAAAAUAUAUUCUGUAGAGGCAACACAAUUAAUUCCUCCAGGAGCUCUAUAUAUUUAAUUUUUUCUAGUAAUAUUUUAUCAAGCUGUAAUUAAUUGAACUGCUGAGCAAAAUGGUACUCUGUAACAUUUCAUCACUAGGUUGUAUGGGAACCAUGAACAUUUGCUUAGUAAUAUUAAACAUAAAAAUUGAAAAUUAAUACCACAAUCAUCUGGUAUUACAAUUUGUGAAAAAUGAUAAAUUUUGUAUAGCUUAGUAUCACAAGACAAACAGUACAAAUCUGUUUUUAGCUAUAAUGUAAAUGAAUGCCCAAGAUGUCCUCCUGUAUACUUGUUAGGCUGAAUAAAUAUAAUUUAUAAAUCUUU